AUGUUAUCCGCCGUGCUUUCGAAGCUCUUCACCUACACCGUUAAUGAAAGCCCUUACAUUGAGCUCUUCAAAUGGCUCACUCGCGUCCUUUCACACGACCCGGUCAUUCCCGCGGGCUCUACUGAAAAAUGGAAAGCUGCUGCAGGGCUCAAUGACUACCUCGCCGCCUCGCUCUUAUUCACCCCACUGUUUCAAGGAGUCAUGGCUUUUCUAGCUGGAGCAACUCUCUCCAUGUUGGUGAACUCUGCCCUAAGCAUAGUUGGUGGUAUACGCCUCCAGAAUGGCGUUCCACACGAAGACUAG